AUGUUGGACUCAGUAACCCACAGCACCUUCCUGCCCAACACGUCCUUCUGUGACCCCCUAAUGUCAUGGACAGACUUGUUUGGGACUGAAGAGUACUACCCUGGCUUUGAACAUCAAACAGCCUGUGACUCCUACUGGACGUCUGUCCCCCCAGAGUACUGGACAAAGCGCCACGUCUGGGAGUGGCUCCAGUUCUGCUGUGACCAGUACAAGUUGGACGCCAAUUCCAUCUCUUUCUGCCAUUUCAACAUCAGCGGACUUCAGCUGUGCAGCAUGACCCAGGAGGAGUUUGUGGAUGCAGCUGGGAUCUGCGGGGAAUACCUGUACUUCAUCCUACAAAACAUCCGUGCACAAGGCUAUUCCUUUUUCAAUGAUGCUGAUGAAACCAAGGCCUCAAUCAAAGACUCCGCUGACUCAUCGUGUUUGAAAGCAGGAAGCAUAAAAAAUCAAGAGAGCCAUAACCACGGCAGAUCAAGCCUCCAGAGUUCUCACCUGUGGGAAUUUGUGAGAGACCUCCUCUUGUCUCCUGAAGAGAAUUGUGGCAUUUUGGAAUGGGAGGAUCGAGAACAGGGUAUUUUUCGAGUGGUGAAAUCAGAAGCCCUGGCCAAGAUGUGGGGACAAAGGAAGAAAAAUGAUAGGAUGACCUAUGAAAAGCUGAGCAGAGCCCUGAGAUACUACUACAAAACAGGAAUUUUGGAACGGGUAGACAGAAGGUUAGUGUACAAAUUUGGGAAAAAUGCACACGGUUGGCAGGAAGACAAGCUAUGACCAGCUUCAUUCAUCCAUCUCACUUUACGGAUUUUCCCCCCUUUAAAAAAUCAUCUUAUGACAGACAUCUUAAAGUCUCUCUCUUUUUUUUCCUGAAUACAUUCUGGUGAAAUUUCUCCAUAUCACAGUUUCCAUCUGGAUCGACGGGUUACUGACUGUUUUGAGUUGUAGCCACUGGGCUAUUUGAAAUCUAAUUUGAAGGGGAGGGAUGAUUUGGGAGGAGCAUACUUUUAUUUUGCAAGAGUUGGCUCCUUGUGGCUCAAGCAUCAUUUUUAACUCAUCAAAACUUGAGAGCAACAAAGACAACCGGAAUUUCUGGCUCAAAGCCAUGAUUUAGGGUGGGGGUAGCCAGGGUUUUUACCCAGGAUGCUAAAAUUUCUAGUGCUAACCUCACCACUCUCACCAGUUGGCCAUACCCCUGGCAGGCUCCUCCCCACUCCCCCAGCCUCAAUAGUGGCCUCAUCCUGAAACGUUUACUCCCUGAGCUUCCACACCCCAUUCCCAUCUUCCUCAUCACCCUUAUCUCCUUAGCAAUGGCCAGUCUUUUAGCGAUGCACACUCCUUCCCUCCUGGCAGUUGUACCCCAAGGGAGCUCUUUCCUCCACCCCACCCCGUUAUAAAAAUUCCUAGUUAGAGUUAGCCCCUGGCCCCUUACUGUUCCUCUUCAGGAGGCUUUUACUGUCAGCACCCGGGCAGAUCCCAAAGAACCAAGUACUGACAGUCUAGUUCAGUGACGGUGAGCCACAGGUGAGAACGAUUUAGUUUAAAUUCCCAAUGAUUGAAGUCAGUUAGGCAUCGCUCUAAAUCAGCAUGACUUGAUGGAAAGACAAGUCAGAAGACCUGACCACUUCUAAUCUGUGAGACAUCUGCCCUGUCCUACUUCUCUGAGCCUCAGUUUCCUCAUCUGUAAAAUGUGGAUUAUCAGACCUUGCCUGCCUACCUCACAGGGUUGUUGUGAGGACCCCGUGCAUUUGUGUAAAGUACUUUGUCACCUCAAAGGGCUAUGUGAACACCAGCUAUUAUUAUUGUCAGAUAAUUGUCCUAUUGGAAAAAUAAAUUUUACAAAAAUUCAGCUUUAGCUAUGAAUCCAGGACACAAACUAAAUUUAGCAUGGAUGGUCAGUAGGGUUCUCAACUAUCCUUCCAGCCAUCGAGUAAACUUUUAAGCAUCUUUCUAAACAUAUUAGACCUUUACAAUUUGUUUUAUUAAUAUUGGUUGCUGAGAUUUCUCCUUCUCCUCCCCAAUUUUGACUAGGAGUGGAACUAGGGUAUGCAAGGGGUUAAUGAACUGAAAAACACUUCUUUCCCUUCCUCCCCACUGCCAAAUAUCACUGUUGUUCCUGCAACAAUCAAACUGGGAGAUCUCAAGUGCCAAAAGGGAAAAUUCUCUCUCUUUGGAAGUUUUUGUGGCAAAAACACCAAACCUUGACAAAACUGGAAAAAUCCUAUCAAUUAAUAGGCAAUUAAAGGAUGAACUAGUUUUAUUCUUUUUAACUACCUGAUUCGCCCCCUCCCCCACCAUCUUAAAAGUCCAGAUUGCUAUAUCAAAAAUAGUGAAAGUGAAGGAAUACUCUCUCAACAAACUUCAGUGAGAUCAAGUCUGCACUGACGGUUUCUUACUCAUCAUCAGUGACCCACAAUUCAGUGGUUUGUUACAUCUUCUGGUUAUGGAGCCCAAGGAGGGAGGCGUCUCAGAGCCGUGAUGUAUGUCGAAAACCACAGUGGUCAAAAGGUUAGCAUCAAAAACUAAUAUGUCUAAAAGAAAAAUGUGAAUAACUGUAAAAUAAUCUAUUUUUGGAUUCAUGUUUUUUUUUCCAG